AGCACCGGCAGCACCGGCCCUGCUCCCCGUCCCGUGCCGUGCCGUGCCGUGCCCCCGCCGCUGUCCCGGCCAUGCUCCCACACAAUGGCCUCUGCGGAGCAGGACGCGCUGGCCCUGCGGGAGCAGCUCUUCCAUGAGCGGGUCCGCGAGUGCAUCAUCUGCACCCUGCUCUUCACCAGCCUCUACAUCCUCUGCCACUUCAUUAUAACCCAUUUCAAGAAGCACACGGACUUCGCAGCAGAGCACGAUGAUGAGGAUGCUGCUGUCAACAGGAUCGCACUGGGGCUCUGCACCUUCACCCUGGCCGUGGCACUGGGCGCUGUCCUCCUCCUGCCCUUCUCCAUCAUCAGCAACGAGGCCUCUGGAACUUGGUCUUCCUCUUCUCCAAUCUGUCCCUCGUCUUCCUCAUGCCCUUUGCCUACUUCUUCACCGAGUCCGAGGGCUUUGCAGGCUCCAAGAAGGUGGGUGGUGGUGUCCCCUAACCCUAACCCUGUCCCCAGCCACCCACUAACCGUGCUCCCACAGGGCAUCAUGGCCAGGGUGUACGAGACCUCAGUGGUGCUGCUGCUGCUGACGCUGCUGGUGCUGGGCAUGGUCUGGGUGGCCUCUGCCAUCAUGGGCAACGAUGCGGCCAGUCGCCAGUCUCUCUAUGGUGGGUGCAGCCAGGGUGCUCUGGGGCUCAUGGAGCUCCAGCAGGGCAGGACCAGGCCUGGAAGGGAGAAAAGGAUUCCUGGUGCUGCUGGCCUGACACUGCCAUGUCCACAGACCUCUGGGAAUACUACCUGCCCUACCUCUACUCCUGCAUCUCGCUCUUUGGGGUGCUGCUGCUGCUGCCUGCUGGUGAAGCCCUGGCUCCUGGAGGACUUGGACGAGCAGUUGAGCUGCACAAGGCUGGAGGAAGCUGCUGUGUCCCGCAGGAUCUGCUCUGGCAAAGCUUCCUGCUGGCUCAACCUGAACGUGGAGCUGCUGCGGGAGCAGCUCUUCGCCAUCCGGAGCAAGAGGCGGAAGCUGGAGCUGCGGCACCGAGCAUCCCCCUGGCAGAGGAACCUGGGCUACCCCCUGGCCAUGCUGGGCCUCCUGGCACUGACCGGCACCUCCGUGCUCAUCGUCUGCUUCCAUGUUCUGGAGCUGCUGCUGGAUGAUGCUGCGAUGCCACAGGGCAUCCAGCAGGACGCUUCCCUGGGCCAGGUCUCCUUCUCCGUCUUCGGCUCCUUUGGAGCUGCCCUUCAGGUCAUCCUCAUCCUGUACCUCAUGGUCUCCUCCGUUGUGGGCUUCUACAGCUCCCCCCUGUUCACCCGCCUGCUCCCGGCACGCCAGGACACCCCCCUCACCAAGAUCAUCGGGAACUGCGUCUCACUGCUGGUGCUCAGCUCGGCCCUGCCUGUCUUCUCCAGGACACUGGGGAUCACCUGGUUCGACCUCCUGGGGGACUUUGGCCGCUUCAACUGGUUGGGGAACUUCUACAUCGUGUUCCUGUACAACAUGGGCUUCGCGGCUCUCACCACCCUCUGCCUGGUCAAGAGGGUGUCCUGGGGUGUCCAGGCUGAACUCAUCCGUGCCUUUGGUCUGCACAAGCUGCCUCUGCCUACGCCGUGCUCCCUGCACCUCACUCAGCCCUGCUAGUGCUGGGGACAGGGAUGUGCCCCCCUCUGCCACUGCACGGUCCCAAUGGUGCUGCAGGGACAUUGGAGCCCCCCCGGCAGAGCUGAGGCUUUGCAGGGGGGAGCUGCCCUUUUCCAGCUGCGCUGCUGAGCCUUGGCCUUGAGCUGUGUCCUUGUCACAGCCCAGCCCGGAGCUGCGCUGGCAGCAGCUCCCCCACGUCCCCUUUACAUACCUCAUGUAGAAGCAUCACAGAGUCACUGUGGGGGUGGCCGUGGUCCCUCCAUGCCCAGAGUCACCCCGUAUCACACUUGGGGGGACACUGGUUGUCCCCCACCUCCAGGCCUUUGGCCUCCCUAAGGGGGGAGCAGGGCUGGGGGGGACCCCCCUGGUGUGAUGAGUCUGUCAGGUCUCUGUUACCAUCGAACUUGGU